AUAUUUUUCUCAGAUUUCAAUUUAAGAGUUAUUUCCUGGAACCAAAGUGAACGACAUCCGCCUAUAUAUCCUUCACCCUCAGUUUCUUCUGCCGUCUUUCUCUCAUUUCCUUUCUUCUUUGCUGCUCAAUUCCUUCUCUUAGCUAAGGAGAAAACCAUGGCUGAGUUGGUAGCUGGAGCGUUUCUGUCCUCUUCCCUUCAAGUGGCGUUUGGGAAAUUGGCUUCUCGUGAAGUUCUUGACUUCUUCCAUGGCAGGAACCUCGAGGAUGGCUUACUGAAAAAGCUGCGUAUCAUCCUUCUGUCUGUGAAUCAGGUUAUUGAAGAUGCCGAGGAAAGGCAGUAUCGAAAUCGUAACGUGAAGCAGUGGCUUGCGGAGCUCAAGGAUGAAGUCUUCAAGGCUGAAGACUUGAUCGAUGAGAUUGCUACUGAGGCAUUGCGACAGAAACUGGAUGCUGAAUCGCAGACUCUGACCGGCAAGGUACGAGGUUGCUUUACUACUUUCAUUAAUGAAAGGCUGCUCGAAAAGAGCAUAGAGUCAAGGAUGAAGCAAGUGCUUGAGAAUCUAGAGUAUCUCAUAAACCAAAAUAAGAUACUUGGAUUGAGGCAAGGCCUUCCUCCUGGCACUCCGCAAGGAGUGAGCAGGAAAGGGCUCCACAUAUCGCCAACAACAUCUUUAAUAGAUGAAUCCAGUAUAUAUGGGAGAGAUGCUGAUAGAAAGGAAUUAAUAGAUCGUUUAUUGUCACCCAACACGAGUGGGAAUCGGUUUGACCUGAUAGCUAUUGUGGGUUUGGGUGGGUUGGGAAAGACAACCCUUGCACGACUGGUCUAUGAUGAGAAAAAUAUCAAGGACCAGUUUAAGCAUAGAGCUUGGGUGUGUAUUUCUGAAAAUUCAGAUUACAAUCAAGCUAUGGAAACAAUUUUCAGAGAACUUAAUCCACAUGAUGAACUAGCAAAUAAUUUUGAUGGUCUUCAACGUAAACUAAAAGAGAAAUUGACGGGCAAGAAAAUUUUUCUCGUUCUUGAUGAUGUCUGGAAUGAGAAUAAUCAUUAUUGGGAGGAAUUCCAAACUCCUUUUAAAGAUGUCGCUGUAGGGAGUAAAAUUAUUGUAACAACACGUAGCAAAAGGGUAGCUGAGGUCAUGCACUAUACCUAUAUACGUGAUUUGAAGAUAUUACAACUUGAUGAUUGUUUGAAGUUAUUUGCAAAAUAUGCAUUUAAUGACCAACAUCAUGUUGUAGAUCAAAUCGGCGUAGAAAUUGUCAAGAAGUGUGGAGGAUUGCCUCUAGCGAUAAAAUCAUUGGGAUGCUUGUUGUGCACCAAAUCUCCUAGAGAUUGGAAGAAGAUUUUGAAGAAUGAUAUUUGGAAUUUGUCAGAGGAUGAUAGCAACAUAAUCCCAUCUUUAAGAUUGAGCUACCAUUAUCUACCUUCAAAUCAAAAGCGUUGUUUUGCUUAUUGUUGUAUCUUUCCUAAAAAUUAUAACAUUGACAAGAAUGUUCUUAUCCAAUUAUGGAUGGCAAAUGGCUUGUUGCAUUCAAGUAAUGAAAUAAGAGAGAACCUUGAAGAAGUGGGGAAUGAAAUCUUCAAUGCUUUGGAGUCCAGGUCAUUUUUGGAACCAUCAAAAAAAGGUGGUAAUUACUUCAUUAUGCAUGACCUUUUGAAUGACUUGGCAAAAUCUAUCAUGGGAGAGUUCUCUUUACAUCUAGAAGGUGAUAGGGCACAUGAAAUUCCAGCAAAAACUCGUUACCUUUCAUGUGAUGGUACAACAGUGAGUGAGAAUAUUGAGAAUAUUUUCACGUGCCAUGAAUUACAUAAUUUUCUCAACUUUGGUUCUCAUCAUAUAAAAGGCAGUAUGCUAUCUAGAAUUGCUCGUCUCAAGUUUUUGCGUGCAUUAUCUUUGGCAAAAAGUUGGCAGGUCAGAAAACUAAAUAAUGGUAUUACCAAUUUAAAGCACUUGCGGUAUUUAGAUCUUUCAAGGACUAGCAUUACAAGGUUGCCAAAUUCGAUGUGCUCGAUGAUCAAUCUGCAAACAUUGAAAUUGAAAGGUUGCUCUGGUUUGAAAAUGUUGCCGCCAAAAUUACACAAAUUGAUCAACUUACAUCAUUUGGACUUGGAAAAUAGUGGUAUAAUAAAGAUGCCCAAACAUAUGGGAAAGUUGAAGCAUCUCCAAACGAUGACACAUUUUUUUGUGGGAAAAGAUGAAGGUUUUCGUUUAAGUGAAAUAGGAGCCUUGAAUCAUUUAAGGGGCAUGCUAACCAUUUUAAAUCUUGCAAACCUACAUGAUCUUGAUACAGGGAGUGAAGCAAAAUUGAAAGAGAAAUGUUUGGAUAGAUUGAAUUUAAAUUGGGGAGGAGUGGUAAACCGUGAAAUGUCACAAAAACAAGAGCAAGUAUUGGAAGCGUUGGAGCCAAAUUGUAGCUUAAGAGAGCUCACUAUUACAAAAUAUGGGGGUAUUCGAUUUCCAAAUUGGCUUGAUGAUCCUAAUUUCCACAAUUUAGUGUCUUUAUGUUUGAAGACGUGUACAAACUGUGAGACCUUGCCAAUGCUAGGGCAACUACCUAUCCUCAAGAGACUUGAGAUUGAGGGAUUUAAUGGAAUAAAGGUGAUCGGCCAAGAGUUUUAUGGGAAUGCCUCCUUAAGUAAUCCAUUUCCAUCCCUUACAUGUUUAAGUUUUAAAUCGAUGAAUGAAUGGGAAGAAUGGAACAUAUGUCAUGAGGGUGCUAGUUUCCCAAAACUUAAAGAACUUUACAUAUCGGCAUGUCGAAGAUUGACAACGUGCCUGCCUCAGCACCUUCCUUGUUUAAAAAAACUACACAUUUUUGCGUGCCCAAAGCUGGGUACUUUGCUUCCUAAGUCCCUUUUCCUCAAAAAUAUGGUUUUAGAAGAGAUUUCUUUGGAGGUGUUGGAGCCAAAUUGUUCUUUGGAGGUGUUGGAGCCAAAUUGUAGCUUAAGAGAGCUCACUGUUGCAUGCCAUAAGGGUAUUCGAUUUCCGAACCAGCUUCGUGAUCCUAAUUUACUCAAUUUAGUGUCUUUAUGUUUGAAGACGUGUACAAACUGUGAGACCUUGCCAAUGCUAGGGCAACUACCUAUCCUCAAGAGACUUGAGAUUUCGAGAUUUAGUGGAAUAAAGGUGAUCGGCCAAGAGUUUUAUGGGAAUGCCUCCUUAAGUGAUCCAUUUCCAUCCCUUACAUAUUUAAGUUUUAACUCAAUGAAAGAAUGGGAAGAAUGGAACAUAUGUCAUGAGGGUGCUAGUUUCCCAUACCUUGAAGAACUUUACAUAUCGGCAUGUCCAAGAUUGACAACGUGCCUGCCUCAACACUUACCUUCUUUAAAAAAGCUAGAUAUUAGGGGGUGCCAAAAUCUUGAGACUUCGCUUCCUAAGUCCCCUGUCCUCGAAAUGAUACAUUUACGAGGGUGUGUGAAGAUUUCAAUGAAGCAUAUGCCGACAUGGAGCUCCACAGAAAUGCUUCCACCUCUUCAUGACCUAACUUUAGAUAGUUGUCCAGAGAUGGAAUCACUUCCACAAGGAGGUUUGCUUUCACAUCUAAAUCGUCUUAAAAUUAGGCAAUGCCCAAAAGUGAUUGCUUCUGGCAAGGAUUGGGGUUUGCAUGAGCUGCUAUCUUUGAAAGAACUUGAAGUUAGUGAUGACUUUGAAGAUGUGGAAUCCUUCCCAGAGGAAGGAUUGCUGCCACCCAAUCUCCACUCUCUUGUAUUCAACAAAUGCUUAAAAUUAAAAACAAUAAAUUACAGGGGCCUUCUCCACCUCCAUUCUCUUACAUCCUUAGAGAUUUCUAGCUGCCCAAGUCUAAGCUUCCAAGACAUGCCAGAGCAAGGCUUACCCAGAUCCCUUUCCUAUUUACAUAUUAAUCAAGGUCGUCCCUUGCUUAAGAAGCGAUGUAAAAGGGGGACGAGACCAGAUUGGCCCAAAAUUUCUCACAUCCCUCACAUCGCAUUGCAUAUGUAAUUCUCUACUUAAAGCGCUGUAAAAGGGAGACAGGGCCAGAUUGGCCCAAAAGUCAUCCCUCACAUCGAAAUAUGAUAAACAGCAACACAUAUGUAAUUCUCUGUUUAAAGAAACUUGCUGCGCUUUUCAAUCAAGCAUUUUCCAAUAGCAAAGGCUCAUGAGAACUGCUUCAUAACGUCACAUGUUGCUGAAGUUGUUUUCUCUGCAUUUGAUCUAGACCUCUCUUCUCUUGGGAACAUUGCCUGAAGGCUUCAAGGUAUUUCGUCAAAGAGAGAACAAAGGACCGCACCCAAUUUUAAGCAGAAAUAGGAAGCUGUUCUGUUCUAUUGGUUAUGUUAAUUCUAUAAGUAAGCAAGUGCGCCUGUUAGUUCAUCAAGAAUUGAAUCAUAUUAAAGUUGACGAUGUCACUACCUCAGCGCCUUCCUUCAUUAAAAAUUUUAGAAAUUGAAGGGUGCCCAAAUCUAGAGACUUCACUUCCCCUGGCCUCUACCAUGGAAAAGCUGCGGUUAGAGAUAUGUAAGGAGAUUUCAGCGAAAGACAUGCCAACAUGGUGCUUGACAAGCAUGGCUUUACCUCUUUGUGACUUGACAUAAAAAAAUUGUUCGGAGAUAGAAUCACUUCCCUAUGGAGGCAUGCUUUCAAACCUCAAACAUCUUCAUAUCAUAAAUUGCCCCAAACUCAUUGCGUCUCGCAAGGAUUGGGGAUUGCAUGAGAUCCUCUCUUUGGAAGAACUUACCAUUGGUGAUGACUUUGAAGAUGUGGAGUCAUUCCCUGAGGAGGGAUUGUUUCCACCCAAUCUUCACACUCUUUCAUUUGACGAAUGCUCAAAAUUAAAAGGAAUAAAUUACAAGGGUCUUCUCCACCUCCAUUCUCUUAGAUCCUUAUCUUUUUGUCAAUGUCCAAUACUGAGUAUCAAAGACAUGCCAGAAGAUGGUUUACCGGGAUCCCUUUCUGAAUUAAGCACCUGUUAUGAUUGUCCAUUGCUUAAGCAGCGGUGCCAAGAGAAGAAAGGAGAAGAUCGACCCAAAAUUUAUCACAUCCCAACCAUAAGUAUCUGGUCAUGAAGACUGAGUGAAGAUGUAGACGCUGCCCCUAGAUGACUCCUAUAUAUGCCGUUAUGUCUGGACAGGAGGUGCUCAUUGUCUGUAGAUGGAUUUCAUUACCAUUAAAAUUUAUUUGAUGGGGCUGCAUAUGUUUGUCAGGUUUGCUUGCCUGACUUUAUCCAAUUAAUUAUCUUCUCAUUUAUUGAUAAAAGGCAUAUUUUUUUUAAGCCAAGCCAACAAUAAAAGGCUUCUUUAGGAAAUGGGGUUGCAAUAUCAUAUGCCACAAGAUGGAGCUGAGGUGUGAUGACCUCGUGCUACUGUAAGAUUUAAAAGAGAUCAAUGAAGGAAACAUCUUAGAGGAAUGAAUGAAUUAGAAGUGUAGACAAAAAUAUAUUAAAGAAGAUAUUUGGAACUACACAUAACAAUUUUCUACACAUUUCUGGGGAGGUGACUACAAUUCUUGAAUCUUUUCUCCUGACUGGAAGAGGAUGAAUGAUUGGAUAAGAAAUUUUCACUUCAUGUAGCUGUUCAAGGUCCAUUUAUCUUUUUAAGCAUAUCAACACCGUGUUAUUUUUUGAGAGUGAACUCACCAAGUUGGGGGGCUUGAGGCUGUAAGGGUCCUUCUCAACCUCUCAUUGGAAUAACAUUGAUUAAACUUAAAUGCUUUGCAUUGCCAUCGCAUUCCUAGCUAGUAUCGGGUCAUAUGUUACUUACAGGCAGCCAAAAAAUAAAGCCUUCCAUUUCAUUUUGGUCACAUAAUGAAAUUUGUUACUCUCUCCUUACAUACAGUGUACUGCCCUGUGUGAAGAGCUUAAUGCUCUAAAUUUCGGUGCAGAUUUCAUUGGGUUCGCCGAAGGAUACUUCUACAUUAAGGAAUGAAUGGUGUUGAAGUGAAAAUCAAAAUCUGUCAAGAUUGAAUCACAAUCCUAAUCUUGCAUCAGUUUGAGAUUUCAAAGCCUACAUUCAAUUUGCAAAUUCGAAGAGCUACUUUGUCAAGAGUAAUAACUUGGAAGCCUUCGCGAUCCAUGACUACUACAAGAAAGAAGUCAGUUGACGAGCAUCAACUCAACAAAGGAGUGAGAAAGAAAAAUAAAUGAAAUUUUCAGAAAUUUCAACAGUGCCAAAUGUCAAAAGGUACAUGACUAUACAUCAGAAGAGUCUCCCUAUUGUUAGAAGGCAAGAUAGAUUUUAGUGAGUAGGUAUUUCUUUCUGUUCUACUUCUGCUUUUAGUUUUUAUAAUCUUUUCUUUUACCUUGUUGUAAGAUUAAAAAUUUUGUGAAUUAGAAUUGUGUUUCUAUGAUCAUGGUCAUGAAGUUAUAGGUCAGGUGUAUAAAUAGAACGAUGCUAAGUUGUGGUUUGUACAUUUUCUUUUCUUUUGUUUUUUCUUUUUUGGCAAUAUCUAAUGUAACCACGAUAUUCCUCCACCAUAAGUGAGGGUUUAUUAAUAAAAUUCAGAGGUACCGUCCUCUUUCCUUUAA